GGAAAAAAGAAAGAGGCAUUCUCCCAGUUUUUCUCUCCUCUGAAGUCCUUUUCUCGCUUUUCCUUGAAGAGCGUCUGCAGAUUCUCUGGAAUUCGCACUUCCCAAAACUCAAAAUAAAGAGAAGAAACGAAAAAUUAAAAACAAGAAGAACCAAAGGAAAAAAUCCCACAAUUUUGUAUUUUGUAAUUGCUUUGCUUGCUUACUUGCGGCUUCUUUCUAUAUAGGAAGAAGGAGUUUUAAAGCCAAACCCAAAAACAUUAUAUAACCGACCUUACAAAGAUGAAAAAUAUGUUUAUCCUUCUAAACUGCGGCUUUCCUCACUUGUGAUCACAAAUACUCACUCUCAACCGGUGAGUCUUUUUGAAUCAAAUGCCAACCGAUCUAUUUAUCUAGCUGCAUUUUUGUGAGUAAAGUAGCAUCUCAGUUUAAUGGCUCAAGAUCAUUCUGGUUCUGAAUCUCAUCAGAAACGGGCUGGUCUUUUGAAAGAUCAAGUGAGAUUGAUUAAGAGAAAGGAUUCUGAUCGCUAUGAAAUUGUUUCAAUCCAAGAUCCUUUGUCAUUUGAGAAAGGGUUCUUCAUAGUUAUUCGUGCCUGCCAGUUGCUUGCACAGAAGAAUGAUGGAAUAAUAUUGGUUGGUUUAGCCGGUCCUUCUGGGGCUGGUAAAACAGUUUUUACAGAAAAGAUAAUGAAUUUUAUGCCGAGUAUUGCCAUCAUAUCAAUGGAUGACUAUAAUGAUGCAAGUCGAAUUGUUGAUGGCAACUUUGAUGAUCCACGUUUGACUGACUAUGACACCUUGCUCCAGAAUGUCCAAGAUCUAAAAGCAGGGAAGCAAGUUCAGGUCCCAAUUUAUGAUUUCAAAUCAAGUUCCAGAAUUGGAUACAGGACAGUUGAGGUUCCCAGCUCAAGGAUCGUGAUCAUCGAGGGAAUUUACGCUUUAAGUGAAAGGUUGCGGCCACUAUUGGACCUUCGAGUAUCUGUUAGAGGUGGAGUGCACUUUGAUCUUGUGAAACGGGUGUUACGUGACAUCCAACGUGCUGGCCAAGAACCAGAAGAAAUUAUUCAUCAAAUUUCUGAAACAGUGUAUCCAAUGUACAAGGCUUUUAUCGAACCAGAUCUCGAAACUGCACAUAUAAAAAUCAUCAACAAGUUUAAUCCCUUUACAGGAUUUCAAAGUCCUACCUACAUUUUGAAGUCAGCGAGAAAGAUAACAGUGGAUCAAAUUAAGGCUGUGUUAGCUGAAGAUCAUACAGAACAUAAGGAGCAGACAUAUGACAUAUAUCUGUUGCCACCAGGUGAAGAUCCGGAGUCUUGUCAAUCAUAUCUAAGGAUGCGCAAUAAAGAAGGAAAAUACAGUCUUAUGUUUGAGGAAUGGGUUACCGAUAAUCCAUUUAUCAUUUCUCCAAGAAUAACUUUUGAGGUCAGUGUGCGCCUUCUAGGUGGACUGAUGGCCUUAGGAUACACAAUAGCAACGAUUCUUAAAAGAAGCAGCCAUGUAUUCUCAGAUCACAGAGUGUGUGUGAAAAUUGAUUGGCUGGAACAAUUAAACCGCCAGAAUGUUCAGGUACAAGGAAAAGAUCGUCUAGUUGUAAAACAUGUAGCAGAGCAGCUGGGCUUGGAUGGUUCCUACAUUCCUCGUACCUACAUUGAACAGAUUCAACUGGAAAAGCUUGUAAAUGAAGUCAUGGCCUUGCCAGAUGAUUUGAAGUCUAAACUCAGUCUUGACGAGGAUCUAGUUUCAAGCCCCAAAGAAGCACUCUCUAGAGCCUCUGCUGAUAGAGUUUCCUUGAGAAAUAGGAAUCUCAAAAGCAGUGGCAUAUCUCAGUCGUAUACAACCCAAAGGGAGAAAAAGCUGUCAGGAUAUGGUUCCAACAACCAAAGAUUUGUUGACAGAAAUACCGAGUCUCAAGCAAUGCUCGCAAACCAGGGAGCCAUUACUCAGCUUUCUGAACAAAUUUCAUCUCUCAAUGAUCGGAUGGAUGAGUUUACAGCUCGAAUUGAGGAGUUGAACUCAAAGUUAAGCUUCAAGAGGAAUUCUCCCAGCCAACAGAACAUAAAUCUCCAAUCCGAAACGUGUAACGGCUCUGUGCCGACUUCUUACUUCGUCUCUGGAUUGGGUAAUGGUUCCUUGACUGGAUCCAUUAUACCCAGUUCUUCAUCCUUUUCCCAGUUGGCCAAGGAUUCUCCUAUAAUGGACGAGAUAUCAGGAAUCUCGAGGGGGCAACGACAAGUCAUGCACCAAUUAGAUUGCCUGAGCAAUCUUCUCCGGGAACGUGACAACGCAGGGGACAGAUCCCGUCAAGUAAGAACAAAGAAGAAAGCUAUAAUGCCUGAUCCUGAGCCUCUUAAACUUCCUCUCUUGUUGACUCUAGCUGUGGGUGGUGUAGGAGUUGUCUUGUACAAGAGCUUUUUAAGUCGUAACUGAUUCCUAUUCCUCAACUAAUUCACAGAUUAGAAGUGUAUUUUUUUUUUCUUCCCUUUUUAUUAUUGUCCUCUGCCUCAGUUUCCACAAAUUGUGUCGCAGUCAUCACUCUUCGACGCGGGAAAGACGACAGGAUUGAUUUAACUGAUGAGUCUGGUAGUCGUUGAGAGAUUCUGAAGGCAGAUAAAAUUUGAGCUUUCAAGAUUCUCUUUGAGUUUGAGUUCUAUUUGAGAAGGGUGUAAUAAACUACUUUCAGUUUGUGGAAAUUGAGAUGCUCAUUCAUUUCAGUAGGUAAGGUAGACCAUCUUAAUAACAUUUAUCUUUUUAAGAAUGGAGAAGUCUUUCUCAAGCUUCAGUCUUCUUUUCUAUUUUCUUUACAAAAUCCAGAGGUUAAUAGUACAAAUUUACGUCGAUUGGACGUUGGUCAGUGGUUGCGUUCAUAUCUUUUUACUCACGAA